GUUUUUUCUUCUUCUACGGGAUAGAAAGAGCAGACAGUGCAAAAGUGCGAAUCACAUUCAAACAGGUGUGAGGAGCAGAAACAAUCCCAGGUGGCGCGUGUUGAUCGGAUAUGUGGGCUUAUAGGAGCACAUUGUGUUGCGAGCAUCUUUGCGCUUUUUUUUUUUUUUUUAAAGGGGUUGAGCAACCCGCAUCCGAAAAUAGUGUUGUCUGUUAGAAAGUAGGUCGAUAGGAACUGAGAGCGACGUUUGUUUCCACGCUUUUGUCUGUGUUCUUUGUUGUUUAGCGAGGACUGUGGGUUUUUUCUUCAUAGCCUACCCUUUAGUGAGGAGCGUUUUACGCACAGGUGGGAGAUACCCGCUCAGCGUACUGUAGGACAGCCCCCCUCUCUGCUCCUCAGCGGAUGAUGUGAGGAAGUGACAUUUUUCACCACUGCGGUUCGGGACAGCACUGCUCCUCUGCAAACAGGUGUGCUACUGUCCGGGUCACUUUUGCUGGGAAACCACAGGAAGGUAGCGUCCCAAAACCUGAACCAAGCCUCCUGGACGCGGGACAGCGGGGACCAGAGGAGGAGAACCAACCCGUCCAAGUCUUUUCUUUAUUAGCCUGGGCUGUUUGAACGGGUUCAGACAGAGAGAGAGAGAGAGAGAGGGAGAGAGGGAGCGAUGGCAACGAAAAAGGCGUGCGUGGAUGCGCCCAAAAGGAGCCGGAGUCCGGUCGUGUUGGAGGCGGAGAUGUUCAGUGAAUUUCAAGACUGGUGUCUCCGGACUUAUGGAGACUCCGGUAAAACAAAGACCGUCACCCGGCGAAAAUAUAACAAAAUCAUGCAGACACUGUUGCAGAACGACGAAUCGGAUGGCGUUUAUAUCGACAACAGCCACAUCAACGCCAAAUUCAAAUUUUGGGUGAAGUCUAAAGGAUUUCAGGUCGGGACCAACGUUUUGGGAGAGCACAACAAGAAAGGAGCUCCAGGAAAACCGGUUCUAUAUGUCCCGGUCAAGUCAACGUGUUCAGAUGGGAAUUCGGCCCAAGACAACUCCUCCCUGAAACGUGUAGCUGUGGUAGAAGACUUCUUUGACAUCAUUUAUGCCAUGCAUGUGGAGAUGGGCGCCGACCCUGGCAGAGCACCCAAACAUGCAGGCCAAAAGAAGACCUACAAAGCGAUAGCAGAGACCUACGCCUUCCUGCCCAGAGAGGCGGUGACUCGCUUCCUUAUGAGCUGUGGAGAGUGUCAGAAGAGGAUGCACAUCAACCCCAGCACUGCAGAGUUCAAAGAAAAUGACAGACCAACCUCACUGGUCCCGGACCUCAUUGAUUACAACAUGCCUCUUACUGCCACCUACCUGAAACAAAUGAAACUGCAGUGCAUGACUGCCACUGAAAGGGAUGACAGUUCGGUGAGCAGUGAGGACAUGAACAGCGCUGAGCCCACAUGGGUCGCAGCUGAGCAGCCCCCAGUGCCUGAGCCCAGUCCACCUAAUGGAGAGAGAGUCAGCAACCCAACUGCCACCGUUAAAGAAGAGGACGAUGACGACUCCUCGGAGAACGGCAGUGCCAACGGGCUGCCGGCCCUGACCUCCCCGGAGGUGCUGUCUGUGGGUGGGAACCCCCCAGAUGGUGGGACCCCUUAUGGGGAGGUGACAGAGAACGGGUUGAGCGCUCCCCUGGACUUCAGCACCACCUCGCCCUCGUCCUCCUCAGAGGAUCAGCAGCCGGUCAAUCUGAGCGACAGACUGCUGCCUGCGGGGAGCUCGCCGCCAAACUCUUACCCCGCAGACCCCAACAGGAAGUACCCCAUCAAGACAGAGUACAACAACAAGUCCCCUCCUUACAGCUCAGGAAGCUAUGACUCUGUGAAGACUGAACUGAGCAUGAGCGCAGAGGACUUGACCUCUGGUCGAGCACAGAUAAUUGACGACGACGACGACGAUCAUGACGACCACGAUGACAGUGACAAGAUCAAUGACGCUGAGGGUAUGGACCCUGAGAGACUUAAAGCCUUCAAUAUGUUUGUGCGUCUGUUCGUGGAUGAGAAUCUGGACCGCAUGGUGCCCAUCUCCAAACAGCCCAAGGAGAAGAUCCAGGCCAUUAUCGAGUCCUGUAGCCGUCAGUUCCCAGAGUUCCAGGAGCGCUCCCGCAAGCGCAUCCGCACCUACCUCAAAUCCUGUCGCCGCAUGAAAAAAGGCGGUUUUGAGAUACGACCAACACCUCCUCACCUCACCUCUGCCAUGGCUGAGAACAUCCUCGCUGCUGCCUGUGACAGCGAAACCAGAAAUGCUGCCAAGCGGAUGCGGCUCGAUGUCUACCCACCAACGGAUGAGCCCGCCUCUGUUGACAAGCCCAACUUGAGGGACCCGGCCUCUGUGACCCCGUCAGGGUUCUCCAUCUCCAGCGCAGCUUUUGCCCAAGACCAGCUCUACACCAAUGGAGGCCUCAACUACAACCUGCGGGGAUAUGGGACAGUCGGCAGCAACCAGCAGAACUCUGGGGCUGCACAAACCAAUGGUCCCACAGAUCUGAGUAUGAAGUCAGUCGGUCCAAACUCCUCCUCCUCGAGCUCCAACAGUCACGGUCAGGGAGGUGGUGGUGGUGGAGCUUCGGCUCAGCUUAGCCAUCCGGAGGUCACAGCGGUGAGGCAGCUCAUCGCGGGAUACCGGGAGUCCGCAGCCUUCCUGCUCCGCUCAGCAGAUGAGCUUGAAAACCUGAUCCUGCAGCAGAACUGAGUCUGAUCCAAGACCUUCUCCUAGUCUGUCCAUCUCUGUUGCGCUCAGUCACACAUAUUUUGGCAGACUUGCAUACAAAGACACAAAUGUACACGAGUGAUACUGCAGUGCACAGUGGGUCCUGUAGGUAUGGUACCUUUACUUAUUCCCACAUGUUUAUGUAUUUGGACGGGCCAGAACUUAUCACAGGCAGAAAAAUGUUUAUUUAUGCAUUUGGUUCACUUUGACCUUAGUGCCCUGUUAUCUGUAGCCAUUCAUCCCAUUCAGUUCAUUUUACCACUUCAACCUCCAUUUGUCUCAGGAAGCGAUGAUCUAUGUGAAAAAAUUAUCUGCAUUGGUACGCAGGGGAGUACCAGAGGUGUUAACCUUAAAUUAGCUGUGACCAUAAUGCCACAUUGGCUCGUUAGUGCAGAUGUUUGGACAAAUGAACAGUUAAAUAGCAGAGAUUCAGUGUCAUUACCGUGUUUCACAAAUGUAAAAUAUGCUGUACAGUGGCAUUAUUCAGGUCAUUUCUAAACAAUAACUCUCUCCAAAUUCACUUCUGUUUCAUGGAAAAUUUGGAGCAUUGCUUUCUGAAAGUCCAUAGAUGAAUCGCUGCUAAAUCCACUGACCUGUUAACCUCAACAGUUACUGAAGGAUGUGCUGACUUUGAUGUACACAAAAAAAAAUGUAGAGAAAGGAAAAGAUAAACAGGACAGUGUUUGACAGUUUUCACCUGUAAAUUUUGACCAACAGAUCCGUCAAGUCGUUCGGUCGAAACUAUACCUCGGUCCUGCUCUGUUGGAGUGGUUUCCAGAUUCUUAGGCAUGUGGUUACUAAGAGACAAAGACUCAUUACCCGACGUGACUUAUUUUCGGUUAUUUUAUUAUGAAUAUUUCUAUCACAGGCAAUUUCUCAUUACUUAAAAAAGGAAGGAGGCUUUUAAGAAGCAUGGGUAUGCAAAUUGAGGUCACAGACACCUGUCAGGGGAAAAAAGAGAUUAAUAUAUUGUUUAGACUCUUGGUUUUAUAACCAGCGCUACUGGAAAAGUGGAAAAAGGUGCAAUAUUGAAGAUAAUCAGCAAUGGUGUGCUUACUGAAAUGACUUUGUCAGGCUUGCUGAAGCGUUUUAAGGCAACAAGGGGAGCACUUUACCACAAUCUCCUCCUGCUGUAACUGUCAAGUUGUAAAAAGAAAUGAUAUCCCAUGCAGCAUUGUAGCCAAUUUCAAUGUUGUUGUUUGUUGUGAAUACUGAUCUUUAUCGCUAACCUCAUAACUGAGGCACUUUCAUUGUAUUGGGAUCACUCAUCCAUAGUGAAAAAAGGAAAUGGGACCUGGCAGAAAAAAUUAGACUUAAUGUUGCACGUCUUUUUUUACUUUAAAGUCAUUUUUGGGUCAUUUUGUGAAGGAAUUGUCCUAUGAGUUAAAACGGGCACAUUGAGCUCACAAGUAUCCAUUACUGGCUGUCAAAUGAAUGCAGCGGUAUCACCCUAACAUACAUAUGGCUUUACUUAAUGCAGUGUGAGUGUGUGAAGGCUGCUCAGACAAAAGAAACUCUGUCCGUCCGUCCGUCUGUAUCAUCCCCUCCGACCUCAGCUGUGUCAAACCCUCUCUCCCAUCUCCACUCACUGAUAUCAUGUCUGAAAACACUCUGUUUGAAAAGAAGCAAGAGACAAUCUUUUGAAAAAGAUGUAAUCGCAUCACAGUUUACUCUCCCAGCUUUCUGCUAUGGUGUGUGUGUAUUUUUGUGUGUGUGUGUGUGCGUGUGUGUGUGCGCGUGGUCUGAGGGCACACAAGAGUACUCAAAGCAGAUCUAGAGCACAGUCUCACACUGGACACUUUUAAUGGUGAGUCACUCAGCACAAAAAACAGUCGUGUAAGUGUGUGUAUGUGGUGUUUUUAUUUUGCUGAUGUAAGUGUUGGUAUUGACAGUAUGUUGAUUUUCUGUUUGUGUAUAAGUGUAUGAGUGACCCAGUUUGUACAACAUCAAUCUGUGAAGAUUUUAAUUCAGUAGGCUGAAACAUUCCAAACAAGGACAAUGACUCUUCAAGCAGCCAAAAGUGGCUCGCACCUUAUUGAUUUGUCAAAGUUUAGAGAGAUAUAUUUCUGUAUUUAUCACAAAUCUAUCAAAUUUAUCAGUUAUUUAUCAUGAAUCAGUCUGUCAGUCUAGUCUAUCAGCAUCAUUCAUGAAUUUCUCACCACCACUAGGCACAUUUUUAUUACCAUGUCAUAAUUGGGCUGCAUUACAUUUACAUUUAAAUUCUAUUAUCUAUUGCAAGUUUGGAAGCACUUUAUAGCUCAGGAUUAAGGUAACAUAACAGUGAUUUGAGUGUGUCUUUACCUCAUUUGGAAUAUCGGUUUCAGUUCAAACAUAUUGAGAACUGAUUAUAACAAAGGACAGUUUGACGCAACUCAAUAAGAAGCAGCUUUCAAUCUGCUUUAUUGAUGACUAUAUAAAAAAAAAGCGAACAGCUCCUUUUUUGAAAACCGUAUUGGAGCUCAGUCUGAACUCAUAAGUUUGCAUGGUCCAUCUGAGGGGUGUUUCAUAUAAAGGAGGCUCAGAAAAGAAGGGCGUCUUGUGAAAAGCCUGAACUGAACCAGGAUGAAUGUGUUUCAUAAAGCUGGUUCGGAGCUAAUGUAAGCAGUCGAAGUCGAGUCUGGUUUAUUUCAUGACUUUGAAACACAACCCUGAAACAUCAAGCAUAUUGAUCACAUCAGUUCACAGUGAAGAAAACAGACGUUAAGACAAAACCACAAUGUUCGCAGCCGCAAAGCAACAGAAAAAAUAAACAUAAUAUGGAGGGUGAAAUAUUACAGCAGCAAUAACAACAACUUUGUAGGUCAGCGAUGAGCUCAGACUCUGACAGAAGUAGAGAUGAACUCAAAUCAGCUAGUACUCCUCUGUCAGCUCUUUCUGCUGCUGUGCUCUGCUUGCGUCUGUGACUUGUAUUAUGAGCAUUUUUAGAAACUUAAAGCGGCUAUAAUCUAUACUUUUUGUAAUAAAAAUGUAUCAACAAUG